GGGUCGCAACGUGACGCAGCAGCAGAAGGAGGCGGAGGAGCGCACCAAGGUGCAGAGCGGUGCGUGCAGCGAGUUCAAGCUGCUGUACCGCGGUGGGUGGCGCGAGGGGCAGCUGGCCUGGGUGCCACAGCCUGACCGCUACUUGCUCCUGGACUGCCACAAGCACCAGGUGGGACGGGGAGAGAGAAGGGGGGAAGGAGGGCGGAGUGAGGGGACGGUGGGCAUGGGGAAUAUUGGGGCACAGAGGCAAAGGGAAGAGUGGGUGCCUCAGCCCGACCGCUACAUGCUCUUGGACUGCCACAAGCACCAGGGGCAGCUGGCUUGGGUGCCACAGCCCGACCGCUACAUGCUCUUGGACUGCCACAAGCUCCAGCUCCUCCCUACUCCUGGAUCUGAUCCGUCUUCAACACUUGCCCCUCCAUUGUCCCCCCUCUCCUCCUUUCCCCCCAUCCCCCCCUCCUCCUCCACUCCCCCUUCCUCUGCUAGAAAGGUGCUGUGCAUGCGGCACAGCAUGAUAGCAGCGGGCAUGCUCAACCGCACGCUCGUCGUGCCCAUGAGCACACCCCUCGUGCCAAUAGCUCCCACCUUUAUGCCCCAUCUUCUGGUGCGGUGCAUGCGGCACAGCAUGAUAGCAGCGGGCAUGCUCAACCGCACGCUCGUCGUGCCCAUGCGCACACCCCUCGUGCCGCGCCACUACGACCGCCGCGCCUUCCUGCACCUGCCCCACACGCACCGCUGCUACGGGCCCCUCUCUGUCAUCUCCUGGGAAGACCUGCUGGGGAGGAUGCGCGCAGGACCCAUAGACACGCGUGCUUUCACCAACCUCUCUGCUCUCAUCCGCCCCUCCUCACGCAUCAUUGUGCUUGGCGACUUGGCUGCUUUCAAUCUCGAGGGGCCUCGGGGAAUGGAUGUUCCGUUCUUUACACUCCCGGGGUGUGGGAACACUCUGGCAAUACACCCUCACCCGGCGAUUCUGGAAGCCGCAGAUCGGUUUAUCCGGGGGGUGAUUCUCGGUGGAAAGAGGCGGUGGUGGGAGGAUGCAGAGGAGAGAGAGGCGGCGAGCAUGAAUACGAGUACAGCGGCAGAUGACUCUAAGGGAAAGGCUGACAGCGGCAGCAAUGGCAGCAACACGAGCAAUGAGAGCAACGGGAGCGGUGGGAGCAGCAGAGCGAGCAACAGGACGCUGUGGGCGGUGGGAGACAGUGCAGCGGACGAAGCAGCAGGUGUGGCGCGGUACAUAGCGGUGCACUGGAGGCGCACGGACCUGGUGCAGCUGUCCAAGGACCCCUGGGUGCACCUCCCUGUGGCCCGCGUGGGGGCGUGCCUCGUGCAGCGCAUGCGGCUGUCUGGGAAUAUCACCCGGAUGUUCCUGGCUACAGACACGGAUGAGGGAGAGGUGAGUGAGUGGCGGGUUAGGUGUGUGGGCUGA